CAAUAACAAAUAUUUUAGAAUAUUACAAAUAUUAUUAUAAUGUCUUAUUCUUUAAUUUCAUGGGGUGCUAAUUCUCACGGCCAACUUGGUCAAGGAUUUCGGUCGGAAGAAUGUGUUUUACCAUGUGAAGUUGAUUUAUCAAAAUGCUCAUUAGAACCACAAAAAAUAAAAAAAAUAAUUGGUGGUGCUAGUCAUACCUUAAUUUUAGAUGAUUACGGUUGCAUUUAUUCUUGCGGUUGGAAUAAUAAAGGGCAAGUGGGUUUUUCUACAAAAGAAGAUAUUCUUUUAUUUCAAAAAUUAAAUGGAAAGCUAAAAGAUAAAGUUAUUGUGGAUAUAGCAUGUGGUUGGGAUUGCUCUGCUGCAUUAACAAUAGAAGGCACAUUAUUUGUAUGGGGCUCGAAUUCUUUCGGGCAAUUGGGAAAGCAUCCAAAUGAUUUACAGUGGACGCAUGAACCCUUCGAGGUUGUAAUUGAUCGAAAAAUCAAAAGAAUUUCUAUAGGUUUAAGACAUACCGUUCUAAUAACGGAAGAUUAUAAAAUUUUUGUAGCGGGGACAGGUAGUAAAGGACAAUUAGGUUUAAGUUCCACGAAAAAUGAAAAAUCUUUAAAUGCCGUAUAUAUUUUUACAGAAGUUUUGACAUUAUCGAACAUUGAGGAUAUCGGUUGCGGUCAACACCAUACGAUCGUGGUAGCAAAAGAUGGAAAUUUUUAUGCAUUUGGUGAUAACAAAUAUGGGCAAUUAGGAAUAAAUACAGAUAUAUUUCCGAAAACAUUAAUUCCUACAAAACUGUCAGAUCUUCAAUUUAAAUUACCAUUUAAUUUAUACAGUGGUUGGUCGCAUGUGAUUGUAUUAAAGAAUAAUUAUAUUUUUGGUUGGGGCCGAAAUACAUAUGGACAAUUGGGUAUUGCACAAUUAGAAAAAUCAUCGACUUGGAAAGCUAUACAACUUGAAAAUAUACCUAAAAUAUAUCAAGUUUCUGUAGGUUCAGAACAUAAUGUUGCACUAACUGAAGAUGGAAAAAUUUUAUGUUGGGGAUGGAACGAACAUGGAAAUUGCGGAAAUGGCCAUACCAAAGAUGUUAAAUUUCCGGAACAACUUUUACUCUCUUAUGAUUAUGUGGGUAUUCUUGUCGGAAGUGGUGCAGCUCAUUCAUUUGCAGUAAUAAAAAUAUCUCCUAAAAAAUAAUAAUAAAAAAAAAAAAAUAAUAAAAGAAAACUAAAAAGAAA